UUUGAAGAAAGGUAUGACAAUCUCGAUUUUUAAGGGUUUUGCUUCGGGAUUUUGGGGAAACCCUCUCCUGCUGAGCUCCUCAUGAACCUGCCUUGGGCUUAAACGCCUGCUGAGUCCUGCAACGGGGAGGCCGCUUUGUUCACCUGCGGCUGGCAGCAUUGCCCUUCUCAAGUGAGGUUUUUGCUGACCAGGCAGGAUGGACUUCAUUCGAUAUCUUUCUGAGCUGCCUCCUGUGAAGCUCGACCGGCUGUAUGAGAGCCACUUCACCUGCCAAGCAGUCCUCAGGUCCUUGCCCCCCAUCGCCAAGCAAUAUGUCCUUCGGUUACUGUUCAUUGAGCAGCCGAUCGCUGGCGAGACGAUGCGGGGGUGGGCGAAACCAGAGGCGCUUGGGAAGCACAACGCUGCAAUGGAAAGGCUGGAUCAGCUGCGGGUGCUACUAGAGACGGGGGGAAAGUCUGGCAAGAAAGACGCUUCAUACCGUCUAAAUCCCGUCUUCCAGCAACAACUCCAACGCGCCCUCUCCGGUGCCAUCGGUCCUCCAAAAGAUCCCCUCCCCCCCGCCCUCGCAUCCCAUAAGCCCUCCCCCGCAGACCUAAAUGCAUACGCUCUAAAGCAGUGGGAAUCACUGCUCUUGUUUCUGGCCAAUGCGGGGGCGCCAGGUGGCGAAAGGAGAGGCGACCAGGAGCCGAGUAAGAUGAUCAAGGGGCUGCUGAGGAGGGCGGGGCUGAUGGGGACUUCGGACGAGGGGGGCGUUCGGAUAUCGGACGAGGGUUUCCGGUUUUUGUUGAUGGACUUGUAUAAGCAGCUGUGGGUCGUGGUGCGGGAGUAUGUGGCGGAGAUUGAGGACCAAGGCCUGGACGGCGCCCAGGUCACGUGCUUUCUGAUGGAGCUUGGGUUCUACCCCCUGGGCGAACCACACGGUGUGAACAGGCUCUCCAGCCUGCAGAAGCGAGUCGUGGAGGACCUGGCGAGCGUGGGGCUUGUUUAUAUUCAGAAGGCUGGCGGGCAGUCCUGCUUCUACCCGACGCGGCUUGCGUCAAAUCUGUCGGCCAGCCUAUCAGAGUCCUCCACGUGGCAACCAGCCGAGGGCUUCAUCAUCGUGGAGACCAACUUCCGAACCUACGGCUACACCACUUCUCCUUUACAGAUUGCGAUCCUUCGAUUGUUUACAAGGAUUGAGUACGUGUUGCCCAACCUAGUUGUGGGGACCAUCACGCGAGAGAGCGUCAACACGGCCUUCUCCAACGGAAUCACAGCCGAUCAGAUCGUGGCGUAUCUUCAGCAGCACGCGGCGCCCCAGAUCCGGCAGCGCGUGCCGGUCGUCCCCGAGACGGUGGCGGACCAGGUGCGGCUGUGGGAGCGCGACCGGAACCGGGUGCAGCAAAGCCGGGCGGUGCUCUACGAGGAGUUCCCCUCGCAGGAACGGUUCGCGGCCGUGGUGGAUUAUGCAAGGCAGGUUGGGGCGCUCUUGUGGCAAAAUCCGAUUGAGCGGCGGUUCGUGGCCAGUGACGGGCGGCAUGACGACAUACGGGCGUUUAUUCGGAAUCAGAGUCGGACUUGAAUCUAACAGAGGUCACCUAGCGGCAUGCUCCGAAAAUCUUGUUGCAUGCCGCGCCCUGAUCAUGAUCCUUCGCACGCGCUGCUUUUUUAGGCAAGCAAUUUUGCCACAAGGGUGACAUGCGGUUCGCAUUGUGCAAGCACGAUGCGCAAGUAUGACGUCAUAUGAUACCGUC